CGGGCCGCUCGCCCGAAUGGAGCUUGGGACUCCCUUCCGUCCGGUGAAACGGGGUCUUGGGCGCCCCGGCCCGAAGUAGCGAAGGCGCUAGGUGACACUCGGGCUGUGAUUGCCGGAGUCGCUGGGAGCCGAGCUGCGGGAGGUAACUUCUAAAACUCCUUAGUCGACGUUAAUUGGAGAGAGCACAGCUGAUGAGGUCUCGUGCGUUUCGUGUCAGGCCGACGAUUUUGCAGAUUUUAAUUUAAUUUGAAAAUGAGUAAGUGCAGAAAGCCACCACUGGGUUCAAGUCCUGAGACAUUCAGCCCAGAUGUUCUUGCUGACAUUUUUGAACUCUUUGCCAAGAACUUUUCUUAUGGCAAGCCACUUAAUAAUGAGUGGCAGUUACCAGAUCCCAGUGAGAUUUUUACUUGUGACCACACGGAAUUUAAUACAUUGCUUGAUUUGAAGAACUCCCUAAAUGAAGUAAAAAACCUACUGAGUGAUAAGAAAUUGGAUGAGUGGCAUGAACACACUGCUUUCACUAAUAAAGCUGGAAAAAUAAUUUCUCAUGUGAAAAAAUCUGUGAACGCUGAACUUUGUACUCAAGCAUGGUGUAAAUUUCAUGAAAUUUUGUGCAGUUUUCCACUUAUUCCACAGGAAGCUUUUCAGGAUGGAAAACUGAAUUCUCUACACCUUUGUGAAGCUCCUGGAGCUUUUAUAGCGAGUCUCAAUCACUAUUUAAAAUCCCAUCGAUUCCCCUGUGAUUGGAGUUGGGUAGCUAAUACUUUGAAUCCAUACCACGAAGCAAAUGACAAUCUUAUGAUGAUUAUGGAUGACCGACUUAUUGCAAAUACCUUGCAUUGGUGGUACUUUGGUCCAGAUAACACUGGUGAUAUCAUGACCUUGAAAUAUCUGACUGGACUUCAGAAUUUCGUAAGCAACAUGGCUACCAUUCACUUGAUCACCGCAGAUGGGAGUUUUGAUUGCCAAGGAAACCCAGGUGAACAAGAAGCUUUAGUCUCUUCUUUGCAUUACUGUGAAGUUGUCACUGCUCUGAUGACUCUUGGAAGUGGUGGCUCUUUUGUUCUGAAGAUGUUUACUUUGUUUGAACAUUGUUCCAUAAACCUGAUGUACCUGCUAAACUGUUCCUUUGACCAAGUCCAUGUUUUUAAACCUGCUACUAGCAAGGCAGGGAACUCAGAAGUCUAUGUGGUUUGUCUUCGCUAUAAGGGAAAAGAGGCAAUCUAUCCUCUGUUAUCUAAGAUGGUGCUAAAUUUUGGAACAGAAAUGACCCAGAAAGCCCUCUUUCCCCAUCAUGUGAUCCCUGAAUCUUUUCUUAAAAGGCAUGAAGAAUGUUGUAUGUUCUUUCAUAAAUACCAGCUCGAGACUAUUUCUGAGAACAUUCGUCUGUUUCAGUGCAUGGGAAAAGGAGAACAAACAAAGCUGAAUAAUUUAAGGGACUGUGCUGUUCAAUAUUUCAUGCAAAAGUUUCAGUUGAAGCCCCUUUCCAGAAAUAAUUGGCUAGUGAAAAAAUCUAAUAUUGGUUGUAGUACAAAUACAAAAUGGUUUGGACAGAGGAACAGAUAUUUUAAAACCUAUAAUGAAAGGAAAAUGCUGGAAUCCCUUUCAUGGAAAGAUAAGGUGGCCAAAGGAUACUUUAAUAGUUGGGCGGAAGAACAUGCUGUGUAUCAUUCUGGACAAAGUUCUGUCUUAGAAGGGACAGCUUCCAAUCUUGAGUGUCACUUAUGGCAUAUUUUAGAGGGAAAGAAACUCCCAAAUGUAAAGUGUUCUCCUUUCUGUGAUGGUGAAAUUUUAAAGGCUCUUAAUGAAGCGAUUGAAAAGUCUUUAGGAGGAGCCUUGAAUUUGGAUUCCAAGUUCUGGCCCAAACAGCAGUAUUAUUGUCCUUGUCACAUUUUUACGGAAGACCUGAUAUUUUCUGAGUUGUUUAGCCUUACCACGUGCCUUCAGGAUGAUCAGGUCGUAGAACCCAGCAACCAGAUAAAGUGCCUGCUUGUGGGCUUUCCAACUCUCCGUGAUAUCAAAACGCAUAUACCACUGGAAGUUCAACUCCUGGAAUCGGCUGAACUCAUGACUUUCAGCUGUUCAUUGCUUCAUGAUGGAGACCCGAUUUACCAGCAACUGUUUUUGGACUGUCUUCUACAUUCACUGCAGCAGCUUCAUACAGGAGAUGUUAUGAUUUUGCCUGUACUUUCUUGUUUUACAAGAUUUAUGGCUGGUUUGAUCUUUGUACUCCACAGCUGUUUUAGAUUCAUCACAUUUUCUUGUCCUACUUCUUCUGAGCCCCUGAAGACCUGUGCAGUCCUGCUGUGUGUCGGUUAUCAGGACCUUCCAAAUCCAGUUUUCCAGUAUCUGCAGAAUGUGAAUGAAUUAUUGAGCUCUUUGCUUAAAUCUGAUGCACCCCAGCAGGUUUUACAGUUUGUACCAAUGGAGGUGCUCCUUAAGGGGGCCCUACUUGACUUUUUGUGGGAUUUGAAUGCUGCCAUUGCUAAAAGGCAUUUGCAUGUAAUUAUUCAAGGAGAGAGAGAAGAAAUCAUUGGCAGCCUUCAGCUAUGACAUAGAACUUGUCUUUUCUGAGAUUUGACUUUGUGGCUUACAGUUUCCAUUGUUAUUUCAGUCCUUUGCUAUUUAAAACCUUUCAUGUGGGGGAAAGGCCAACUUCUGCAUCAUGGAAAGUCUUAUUAUUUCUGGAAAACCGCCAGCUAGUUCUGAUCUCAUAUAUACGCCCAUAGUUUUCCAUGUGGUGCAAUCUAUGCAGUGGUGAUAUUCAACCUCAAAUAUGACAUGUGCAUAUAUGUUGGGAUGGACACACCCAUACUUAAGCAGUUUACUUGGUCUUUUUUAUCUGUUUUAAGAUUCGCACCCAUGUGCCUUCAUUCAGAUUAGAUUUUUUUCCCAACUAAUUUCCUCAGUGGCUCAUGCUGUUAAUAAAUUGAGAGAGGCUUUGAUGAAAGGUGAGCCACGGAUUUUAAUACUGACCAUGUCAGUUACGAAUUUGGGGAACUCCUUUUGCCAGAUGCUCAAUAUGUGCCAUUCCUUGCCCUUAGGCCACUGACCCAAUUUACUUGUGUAGUUGUUUUAUGUGUAUAUUAAUGACCACAACCAUCCAGCCAGAAAGGAUAUCAGGAUAGCUUCAAACCAAAGAAUCAUGUUUAAAAUAAUGAAAAAAAUCACUGUGUCUAAUACACACCUGUAUCAUGAAAAACUUUCUUUUACAACAGUGUAGUAAUUUUUAACUUCCAGGAGAUGAUCUCUGAGCUAAUGUUUUUAGAUUGUAAAAUAUUGUGUAUGGACUCAUAUUGGGGACAUAUGAAUGUAAUGAACAUAGUGAAUCCUGAAAAAAAUUUUAACACUUCUGGAAUGAUGGUUCAGCACCUAAAAUUUUUAAAUCUUAUUUCUUUGAAAGUGGCACUUUACCAAAAGAUUGACCAUGAGAUAGCUAUUUUAUCAGUUGUGUUUGGUUUCUUGAGAGUUCGAGUAUUUGACGGUGUAAAUGAGCUUUUCUGGCAAACUGUAUUAAGCAGAUCGUCAUUACUCUGCAAUUCCACAAAGUGGAGAAUGUUUAUAUUCUCACAUAUGUAUUUUAGACAUACUUGUUAGUUAUAUAAAAAAUAGAUGUAUUCUCUGAUGUAUUUGGUUGAUAAAUAUUAAUCUGAAUUUCUUUCAUGUUCUUUGCUAUUUUGAGUUCCAUUAUAGAUUCAUGAAUAAAGUCAUUAGCAGAGAGA